AUGGAUCCCAUAGCGGCUGUUGAUGCGAAGAUCGACAAUGUUGCGGAACAAAUACAGGCCCUUGAUGCAGCGAUAGCGGCUUGCAUAGAUAAGGAUGAAUUAGCCUACCUACGGCAGGAAAAGUUGUUCCUGCUUGAGAAGGAUUUGCUCCUGCAAAAGGAGAAGUUGAAGCUGCUUGACGAGAAGGAGCAGCUGCGUAAGAAGGAAGAACAAAUUCGCGAGGAAAAGAUUAUUUUACUUCGCAAAGAUGCGGAUGCGACGCGGGCUCACAAGUCCAAGUCCUUCUCGUCAGUGGCCUUGACGGAGGCUGAGCAGGUUUUGCGCACCAUCGGCAUCAGGCCGUGUGAUGGCAGUCGCUUGGCAAGUGCGGAACUGAAGGUUCCCCCUGGCACGGCCCACUGCUAUGUAUUCGACAUAACACCGUACCGGUCUGAGAAUGAAGCUACGCCGCCGCUCCUGCAGCACCACCAGGAGCAGCUGGAGCGCCUGGGAGUAAAAUUUGAUGUUGAAGGCGGCUUCCAAAUGUUUGAUGUGCACAAUCGCAGGUCUGGUUCCCUGACAAUCUGCUGUGGUGGCCAAACCUAUCGUGGCAUCUUUGACGGCUGUGUAGCACCAUAUGGCCUGAUGGGCUUCGGUUCCCUGGAACAGAGCCGUAUCAUAUACGAGCACAAAAGGCAACCACAGGGAAUCAUGGAGCUGCUGGCUGCUAACGCCUAUGGGCCAUGUCCAGUGAUGCUGGAUGUGACGGAUGGCACCACGCACGAUGUGUACACCAUUCGUGGGAAGCAGCUCAUCACUUGGGCUGGGCUGGAGCCAACACAGGCCUACUACCUGCAGGCGCAGCACCUCCAGGCAGAUGAGAAACGCGCGCUUUGGUCGCUAGAGCUGGAGCAGAUUCCGGAGGAGGAGCAGGUGUGGAUGCGAAAACUGCACGAACUGCGCCCUGUUUCGGGCCUGAAGGAGCAGCUGGACUCGAUCAUUCCCUUCCUGCCUCCGGAGGAGCGUAUGUCCACGGCGUUUGAACUCAUCCACUCGUGGGUACGGACACAACCGGAGCCGUUUUCCUGACCGCUUUCCAACCUACAUCAGCUGAACUGGGACGCUCUGCCACUCCGGGCCUUGUCCCAACCCUGAAGGCUGUUCCGCGGAGGUCAGUGUGCGCUGCGCCUGUCACAACAAGUACCGUGCCAAGUGGAAGUGCUCGAAGGUGCAGGCUGCGUUGGAGCGCGCCGGCCAGCCACGAACGUACGAUGACACGCAGGCCAGCAUGACGCGACUGACGCGGGCAAAAUGGGAGGCGUUGGCGGCUAAGAAGGACACUGAGCGGCUGCGUCAGCAGCGACUGACUGCUAUUGUGCGGGGGGUCAUGAUGGGCAUUGUGGUUGCGCUAGGCUUGCUGCUGGCUUGGGGCAUCAAGGCCGUCCUGUGGUACCUGGACGAAAUGAUGCAAUCAUCGUGUGUACCAGAGAUGCCAACCCCAGCGAACACGGCGGCUCCACGCAUUCCCAACAGCACUCAGGCGAUGGCCAUGAUCCUAAAGCGGGACGGAUGGCAGAUACCGGGCGGCACAACAAUCGUCCCGCUUAUGCACCUAACGGUCCGCCUAGCGACACAGCUGCAAUGCGGGGCCACGGAGGAGAAACGGGGAUGCUUGAUGGCAGCAUUUUUGUGGACCCGCAGGAAACGGUACCUUCAUCCUCGGCGGAAAUUAGCUGCUUCAGGGCCUGCUUGUGGUCUGGGGUGCGGUUGGAGAACGCAAACAAAUAAACGCUGUGGCGGCUUGGCCGUGGACGGCAUCCCCCUGCCCGGCAACACGCACCUGGCUCGCAUGGUGCCCAAGCGGUGUGGGUGCGGAAGGCUGUCCAUUGAUCGACACCCCCAGGAGGCCGCGACAGGCGGCAUCACCCGGAAGCAGCUGUGGUUGGUCCAGGCCCCGACCGGCUGCGAACAGGCCCCCUGGGAUGUGAUCGCCCUGGCGGCCCUGUCUGCUAUAGAGCCAACCCUGCCACUAUGA